AUGAAAAAAUCGACAAUAAUAUGUUUUGAACGAGGUGGCUGUACUAGUAUAGACCUUUCCUAUCAUCUUUUGUUUUUGAAAUCUAGAACAGUGCCUGAUUUGAAAAUAUUAGCACCCUCUCUAAUCCCAGAUUUUGUUCUAAUUCAAUUUCUGGCUGAAAUCGCGCUCCAAAUUCUAGAACAAGCUAUCACCAUGGAAAUCUGGCAAGUUCCUCGUAUAAUGAACAGUCUUAUGAACGAAUACGUCCGUGAUAUGGACCGUAGCAUAACUCCUUACUGGAGAGAUGCUGAUCACUCAGUGCUCCAUGUUGCCAAUGAUGCUAAGGAGAUAGUCGACGAUGACAAGCACUUCGCUGUCUCUUUGGAUGUCUCGCAGUUCCGUCCUGAAGAGCUGAACGUGCAUUUGGAUGGUAGGGAGCUGUGUGUGGAAGGAAAGCAAGAACAUAAGGGUGACAACAGUUUCAUCCAUAGAUCUUUCGUCCGCAAGUGGACUCUUCCCGAAAAUGUCGACUUGGAAUCAGUUCAUACUCAACUAAGCCACGAAGGCCACCUUUGUGUCGAGGCACCGAAGCAAAAUGCUGAAAAACCCAACAGAAGGAACAUUCCUAUCAUGGCUGCACCAUCCUCGAAGAAGUAA